AUGAAUAACUCUUCACUGAUACCAGACAACGCUACUAACAACAGCUCAGGAUAUUAUUGCAAGUACUGGGAACGUGACACACAGCUAGAGUAUAAUGCAAAACGCAUCGCURUGAUACUGUUGAUGACAUUGGGACUUGCAGGAAACAUCUUUGUCGUAGUACUCGCUAUGAAAUACACAGUACGCAAGAACCUGCAUCAUUUGAUCAUCAACAUGGCCGUGUCAGAUUCUCUCUACAUUGUUAUGAUUCUGAUACAUAGGAUAAGGAUUGGCUGGCUAUCGAACCACACAUUAUCGUUAACAUAUCCUGAUGGUAUCCUUGGUGAUAUUCUCUGCAAGGCUGAGAGGUUUCUUUACCAUGUCUCAUAUAGAGUCUCCUUGGUUACUCUUUUGAUAAUCAGCAUCGAACGAUUCAGAGCAACAAGAAGAACAUUGCAAAUGUCACGUGCUUACACAUUAAGACAACGCGUUGCAGUAAUCGGUAUCUCCUGGUUGAUUCCUAUGACAUUGGAGUCUUACAAUUUGUAUUACUUUAAAUUGGAUCCAGAAUGGGGGUAUUGUACUUUUAUGGAGUUUAAAGUCUAUAUUAAGUUUACUUCGAUCUCUUAUUGUUUGAACGUUAUUUUUGCGAUUGUAAUAUUCGCACUUAGUAUUACAACAAUAAGACGACUGUCCAGAACUCUUGCCAUCCACGCCCAUCUCAACCAAGAACAGCGAAAAGCUCGAGCUCGUCGAACACAAGCAGCAGUACGAAUGGUUCUGGCAUCCGUAACGCUGUAUACGUGUUGCUGGCUUCCAUCGUUUAUCUUUAAUAGUGUUGUUUGGAGCGUGUCUGUUUGGGGCAAUAUCUGGAUUCUCCCAGACUGUAUUGACCGCAGGUCACUUUCGUUUAUCAUCGGUAUAUUCUUCUCUCUUUUCAACAGUUGUUUCAGUCCGUUUAUUUAUAUCAUAUUUCUGUCUGACUUUCGAGAAGGAGCAAGGAAGGUACUGUGUAGAAAAACCGACAGAAACGAGAACAGAAGAAACUCAAUGGAACUACGAGAAAUGCCAAAUAAUCCGCCAUUAGAGCCUGAGGCGAGAAGAAGAAGAAGAUAUUCCAAUGACGAAGAAGAGCAACAAGUCUAA